UCGCCUAUGACGAGAUGGUGGCUAGCUGAAAGGAGUCGCCGCACCAUUUUCAGCUGUGGAGGUUACUUGCCGUAGCCCACGGAGGGUUAUGAUCAUACCUACUGCUUUGCCAAAGUCCCUUGGGUGAUACGCACUCAACUCGUAGGGUUUUUUUUUCGUACGAGAAAAACAUUGUCUGUCAAAACGUCACAUGGGGACUGAGACGUUCGCUUCCUGCAUCGCGUGUUAUCUCCGGGAGUUUGGUUCGCCUCCGCCGUUCAGGUUUCAUUGAUGAAUUGAUUUGAAGUCGCGGCGUCUCUCCUUCAUGCCAUAUUUUCUACCGCAAUGAUAAGCAAAGUUAAAAAUGCCAUGUCCACUCUGGUGGGAGGCAUUAUGCCGCACGGCCACCAUCACCACCACCAGCACGGCUCGGGGAAUGUGCAGAACUGUGGCAUGGACGGUCUUCCUCCCCGAUUCCCUUAUUCUCGGCCCGAGUUUUUGGACCUAACGCAGGAGCUGCUGCAAUACUCCACAGAACAUGCCUCGCGACCGGUCAUCACGCCGAAGCGGGAUAGCAGGCUGCCGUGGAAGACGGGCUAUGCCGAGGUGAUAAACGCUGGAAAGAGCAUGCUGAAUGAGGACCAGGCGUCAUGUGAGCUUCUCUACGUCAGGAAGAUAAGCGACAAGAAGCAGCAUCGCGCCUCCAUGCUGCUCGACGAUAGCGGGGACACCUCGGGCAUCCCUCUCCACUUCUGGGGGGUGUUUGACGGCCACGCUGGCUCCGGGGCGGCGCUCAUGGCCUCCAAGCUGCUGCACCGCAUCAUCCGCGACCGCCUCUGCGACGUGACACACCUGCUGGAGAACCCCUCCACGCCGCCCCCUAUCUGCCUGGCCAAGAACGGCAGCCCCUACCAGGCAGACGGCAAGAAGGGCGGCGGAGGAGGAGGAGGUGGGGGUGGAGGUCAGGAGUCGGAGGAGCCCCAGGAGGCCCAGAGCGAGACGGCCACCACCCACUUCCACAUGGAGAAGGUGGUCAGCCUGGAGGGCCUGGUCACCGGCAUCAUCGAGAACGCAUUCAAACAGAUGGAUGACCUGAUCGAGAAGGAGAAGAGCUCCUACAGCAUAUCAGGAGGCUGCUGUGCCAUAGCUGCCAUCCACCUCAUGGGCAAGCUCUACGUGGCAAACGCUGGCGACAGCAGGGCCAUUAUUAUCCGAAAUAAUGAGGUGAUUCCCAUGUCCAACGAGUUUACCCCGGAGACCGAGAGACAGCGCCUGCAGUACCUGGGCUUCCUGAAGCCGGAGCUUCUGGGAAAUGAGUUCACACACAUCGAGUUCCCUCGGCGGAUCCAGCACAAAGAGCUUGGCAAAAAGAUGCUUUUCCGAGACCACACCAUGACGGGCUGGGCUUACAAGACGAUUGUUGAAGAUGAUCUGAAAUUCCCAUUGAUCUACGGUGAAGGGAAAAAGGCGAGAGUCAUGGCUACCAUCGGAGUGACACGAGGCCUGGGAGAUCACGACCUGAAGGUCUACAACUCCAACAUCCACAUCAAACCCUUCCUCUCCUGCUGCCCUGAGGUGUUGGUGUACAAUCUGUCGGAGCACAAGCACGGGCCGGAUGACGUCCUGGUCAUGGGUACAGAUGGCCUGUGGGAUGUCACCACCGACCGGGAGGUCGCGGACGCCGUGUCAAAUUUCCUCUCGUGCUGCGAACCCAGCGAUCCCAUGAGGUACACGCUGGCAGCCCAGGACCUGCUGAUGCGCUCGCGGGGGGUCCUGAAGGAGAGGGGCUGGCGUCUGCCCAACGAGAGACUGGGCUCUGGGGAUGACAUCACGGUCUUUGUCGUUCCCUUAGCCGGAGCCGAGACAGAGACAUGAUAGACCAGCCUUCACCCCCAUCACGAAUCGCUGGCCACCGAGCACAAAGCCCCAACCACCAGGACUGGGGACUGGGGAUGGGGAUGGGGAUGGGACAGGGUGGGGAGGGUAGGGGAGAGGAGGGGAGGGGAGGAGAGGAGAGAGACACAGCCCCACCCCCCUCACCCUUGCUGUCAUAUGUAAAAACAAAUGGACACUGGAAAUCUCGGGGUUAAGGCAAACUUGUGUGGACGUUUUCCCAUCCCAUGUCCAUCGGAUCUGCUCAGGUGCAACAGGGCUCCCUGAAGUCCUCUUGCUCCUGACUCCACUAGCCUAGUGCCGCUCCAGUGACUCCAACAGCAGGUUGUGGAGGACAUCACCAGGAUCCUCAGCUGCGCCUCUCCUCCACAUCACCUCUAUCUUCUUCUUCUUCUUCCUCUUCUUCUUCUUCUUCUUCUACUUACCCCGUCACACUUCUCCUCUGCAUUGUUGUUGUUGUCGUCCUCCUCCUUCUUCUUCUUUUUCCAUCUUCUUCUUUUUCCUUUCUCUACUUUUUCCUUCUUCUUCUUCUUACUCCUUUCUACUACUACUUUCUUCUCCUGCUCUUUAAAUCCCCCCUUUUUAGUAACCCUCUCCUCCUCCUCCUCCUCCUUCUUCUUCUUCUUCUUCUUCUUCUUCUUCUUCUUCUUCUUCUUCUUCUUCUUCUUCUUCUUCUUCUUCUUCUUCUUCUCUUAGGCAUUCCUCCCUGCUAGAGGUGACUGAGGUUCCUUCAUGUGACUGGAUUCUACCAGAGGGCAUCUCCCUGGCCUGCUUACUGUAUUUUAUCACUCUCAUGUGCCACUAGUACCAUCAUGGUGGAGUAUGGAUGUGAUGUGAAUGUGAUGGCUGCACCCCGUAACAUGGUCCUGGGAAAGUCUUAACUGUGGGUGUCUCUUAACGGGAGUUGCUGUUGACCUGUAGACGAACAGCAUGGGGGAGAGGAGGGAUUGUCAGCGGACUUUGAAAUGAAUCUCUCAUGGCUUAUUCAUGAAGAUGAGAAGGUCUUUUUUUCCAGGAUGGAAGCACUUUAUUUCUGAUUCAUCUGUGUACGUAGCAAAAAAAAAAAAAAAACUGCACUCAUGUCCACGCUUUUCACAACAAGUGACGACACCGGCAAGUUGCAGACACACACGGCUACCAUCUAGAUGCCUAUGUGAAUGUUUCAUACCCACCUUUUCCCCUUAGUCUUGUGCCCACAUUUCUUGUAUGAAAUCGCCUCUGAUCAACCAAGGAUUGCAACGGAGUAAAGAAAGUAUUAUUAUCAGGGAAUUACCAUCUCCCAUAGUCGAGGUAAAUACCAUAAUUAGAGGAUCAGUUUGGCUUACUGACAAUCCGUAAAUGAUUGGAAGAAAAAUAGCGCCCAACCUUCAGCAAAGCUUCUGCAAGCCAGGGCCACGCUGCUAUUUUUGCACACUUUUGGAUGAAAAAAAUAAAUAAACAUGGUUCCCUA